GCUAUGCGCUUUAGCCUCUGGAUUUUAGGACGCACAGAGUAGGGUAUAGCCUAGUGUCCCGUCAGGAGCCACAGCGCGCUGAAGAUUGCAAAAAAGAUUUGGUCAACUUUUGGAGAUAGAAAAAAAAAAUACCCGUCAUUGUCUUUCGUUGGAACCAAAGUCGAGGUGGAUGAAACUUAAAUAAGCUUGGCAGUUUGGUUGCCCAUUUUACAAAAGUUUUAAGUAUUUAGAAAGCAAUGUUUUGUUGCCUGCGCUGUGUUUCUGUGAGAGGUUCUGGGCAUCGAAAUACAUUCUGAAAAAAGCUACUCUUGAAAAGGAACAUUUGUUUUUGUACCUUUUCUGUUUUAUUAUAGCCUCGAUUUUAACAAGGUGAGAAGAGCGCUGGUUCAAGUUAGCUAGUCAACCAACUUGCUAACGUUUAAAGCUUUAGUAGCUUAGCCUCCGACGUGCAUGUAACUCAGGGUCUCCAUGAGGAAAUCCAACGUGCGAGGUGAAACUCUCCUAGUAAUAUAACUCAGCGCCUUUCCCGUUUUUUGUGUUGCACAUUUAUUUUGUUUGACUUUUAUUUAACCAGCUCAACGAACAUGAUGUUCGUGUUCUCCACUGUUUACACAUUGGCCGUACUUUUUCUUUCGACGAAGGCUGAGCCGAAGUCGAAAAGUUGCAUUGAAGUUAGAGCUGCUUACAGUUCCAAAGGCUUCAACGUCAAUGAUGUUCCCAACAAAGGGGUACACGGAGCGCACCUGAAGGUGUGUCCCCAGGGCUACUCCUGUUGUACCCUGGAGAUGGAGGAGAAGCUGAGCCAGCAGAGCCACUCUGACCUGAAGGCUCCCGUCUCCCAGCUGAGCUACAACUUACAGAGCACCUUCAAACAGAGGCACAGCCACUUUGACCAGUUUUUCCGUGAGUUGCUGGACAACGCGGAGCGCUCGCUCAACGACAUGUUUGUGCGCACGUAUGGCCUGAUGUACGUUCAGAAUGCAGAGUUAUUCAAGCACUUCUUUCAGGAGCUUAAGCGCUACUACAUGUCUGGCAGUGGGGCGGUCAACUUGGACUCCAUGCUGUCUGAAUUCUGGGAGGACCUCCUGGAGAGGAUGUUCCGAUUGGUCAACGUACAGUAUGAGUUCAGCGAUGCCUACAUGGAGUGUGUCAGUCGGCACACGGAGCAGCUGAAGCCGUUCGGCGAUGUUCCGCGCAAGCUCCGCCUCCAGCUGACACGUGCCUUUGUGGCGGCGCGCGCCUUCACCCGAGGCCUGGCACUCAUUCCCGAUGUGGUCAGCAAAGUGUCCACGGUCAGUGCCUCCCCUAGUUGUGUGCGCGCAGCCAUGAAAAUGAUGUACUGUCCCUACUGCUCUGGCCAGGUGGCCCUGAAGCCUUGUCAGAACUACUGUAUCAACGUGAUGCGAGGCUGUCUGGCCAACCAGGCCGACCUCGAUACCGAGUGGAACAACUUCCUGGAUGCCAUGUUAAGUCUGGCUGAGAGACUGGAGGGACCCUUCAACUUUGAGUCUGUCAUGGACCCGAUUGACGUCAAGAUCUCUGAGGCCAUCAUGAACAUGCAGGAGAACAGCAUGCAGGUUUCACAGAAGGUGUUCCAAGGGUGUGGUCAGCCUAAACCAGGAAAAGGCACCCGGUCAGGUCGCUCCGUAAAGGAAACUGGCUUCACCGGUCGCUUCCGUCCCUACAGCCCUGACGCACGGCCCACCACUGCUGCAGGCACCAGCCUGGACCGACUGACAACAGAUGUGAAAAAGAAGCUGAAGAAUGCAAAGAAGUUCUGGUCCACUCUGCCUGAAACCGUGUGCGCUGGGGAGAGGAUUGCAGGUGGAGAUGACUGUUGGAAUGGAACAGCGAAGAGCAGGUACGAGUCUGUUGUCAUGGGCAGUGGAUUGGCCAAUCAGGUAUCAAACCCAGAUGUGGAAGUAGACAUCACAAAGCCAGAUGGGGUGAUUCGUAGUCAGAUCGCAGCGUUGAAGGAAGUGACCGGCUGGCUGAAGGCUGCGCACAGCGGCAACGAAAUCUUUGUAGACCCAGGUGAAGAUGAUGAAGACGGCAGUGGACGAGAGGAGAGCGGCAGCGGCUGUGACUCGCCAUCCUGUGACCAGGAUAUUUACUUCUCCACCCCGCCCACCCACGUCAACCCCCGUUUGGUGGUGUUUCCCAAGGAUACAGCCGGCGGCGCCCGCGUGACCCGUGGCAGCGCAGCGCUGGCACUAUGUGGGCUCACCCUGGCCCUGCUCGCCCCUCACUGGAGAUAAAACCACAGGGAGGACGGAAGACGGACAGAGAGAAGGGGGAAAAACUCUCAGAGACUUUCAAAAAGACUGCCUUCAGGACCUCGGCCUGCUCGCCAUCAUUCGG